CCCCUAGAAGUCAAAAAGUGCUAGAGCGGAAGAAGGGGCAGGCGGAGCGGAAGCUCCUUGAUGUGAUGGGUGGGAACCGGAAGGCGAAAAGGAAGGGGUUCCCUGUAUUCGUUGUUGUAGAAGUGGGUAGUGGUGGUAAGGAAAGAGAUUCUGGGGAAUGUGAUAGCUGCAGAUUUGUUCACUAUGAGAUGCUGUGAUGUGGAGAAGCUUCUCUUGCAGGAUUUCUGCUUGUGGUGCUGCUGUUAAAGGCACAGAGGAAGGAGAAGAAAAAUGGGAAGUAACCUAUCUCCUGAAAUAAUCAUGUGGAGAAAAAAUCAGUUCUAAAACCAUUCAAUCAUUCCUCUCUCCAUGCUGCAGUUUUAUACCCUGACCUCUGGAGAAGCCAGUUUGACACACAAGUAACAACAGCUGCUUGACUCUACUUUUUAACUGUGAGAUCCGAGCCUCCAUCUUAAAUGACUUUUUUUUCACUCCUUACAGUUUUCUCUCUGAUUCUUAUGUCGGCAAAAAAUGUUCAGGAAAGGGAAAAAGCGGCACAGUAGUAGCAGUUCACAAAGCAGUGAAAUCAGUACUAAAAGUAAGUCAGUGGACUCCAGUCUUGGUGGGCUUUCAAGAUCUAGUACUGUGGCUAGUCUAGAUACAGACUCCACGAAAAGUUCAGGCCAGAGCAAUAACUCAGAUACUUGUGCAGAAUUUAGAGUAAAAUAUGUUGGUGCCAUUGAAAAACUGAAGUUUGAUGAAAGCAAGGUUUUGGAGGGGCCACUGGACUUGAUAAACUACAUAGAUGUGGCACAGCAAGAUGGAAAGCUGCCCUUUGUUCCAGGGGAAGAAGAAUUUGUUAUGGGAGUUUCCAAGUAUGGUAUUAAAGUCACAAGUUUAGACCAGUAUGAUGUUUUGCAUAGACAUGCACUCUACCUAAUUGUUCGAAUGGUCUGCUAUGAUGAUGGCCUAGGGGCAGGGAAAAGUUUACUGGCUUUAAAGACAACUGAUGCAAACUAUGAAGAAUACAGCCUUUGGAUAUACCAAUGUAAUAGUAUGGAACAAGCACAAGCUAUUUGUAAGGUGCUGUCAACAGCCUUUGACUCUGUUUUAACAUCUGAGAAGUCCUGAAUUUCGACAGCUGCACUUCAUACUGAGAGGAAGUAUUACUUACUGUGACUGCAGCAGAGACAAAAUGAAAGCAGGUAUUUGUUAGAUGUGAACUUGUUUUUUUAAAUAUCUGCUUGAACAAAGUAUUUUUGUAAAUAAAAUUUGUCUGUAUUCCAAACUAUGUUACUAAGAGCUCAGCUGACCCUUUUGACCAUAUUUGCACAGCCAUGUAUAAGUUUAAGUGCUAAAUAUCAAAUCUUACUUAAAAUAUUUUUUCCAUUUUUUUGUACAUGAAUAAAAAAGUGAAUUAAAGAUGUGUCUUGUUAAA